AUGUCCGACGACAACAUCAUUGUGAGCAACUGGAGUCGUCUCAUGCCCAGCAUACCGUUAUAUACAUUAGGUAGUUCGUGCUUCCAGGAUUGCUGCAAGGUAUAUAAUCACGCCCUGGGCGACCAACCACUGGCCUGUGUCCAGCCUCGAACAGAGAAGGAGAUUUCGCAAGUGAUACAGUUCUGCACCACCAAGGCCAUCCCAUUUUCGGUUCGCUCAGGCGGCCAUGAUUUCUACGGUCGCUCCCUUGUCAUCGGAGGUAUUCUCAUCGACAUGCGCGCGAUGGAUACCAUCGUGCUUGAUCCUAAUCGAGACAGUGCUCGAGUCGGCGGAGGUGUGAUCGCUGGCGCCCUGCAGGAGACACUCAAUUCCCACGGCCUCUUCACUCCGACUGGACAGGCAAAGUCCGUGGGAUACGUCUCGUGGGCAUGUGGUGGAGGAUAUGGUUUCUAUGUUGGAACUUACGGCUUCGGAGUCGACCAGAUCCUAGGGGCUCGAGUGGUACUGGCGGGAGGCCAUAUUGUUGACACCAACCAAGAACCGGAAUUGCUCUGGGCUCUACGGGGCGCUGGAGCAGGCACGUUCGGUGUCGUGACUGAGCUUCGCGUGAAGGUGUAUACAGUGCCGAGAUUAUAUGCGGGCUUCCUUGCUUUCCCUCUUGCCGACGCCGCAACCGUUCUUGGCCGAGUCGAGAAGCUCCUGAACGAGAAUUUUCCAGAUGAAUUCAGCGGAGACGCCAUUGCCGCGCAUCCCGGAAUGACCCCGAUACCGGUAUCCGAACCUUCCUUUAUCUUCUUUUGGUGCUGGACUGCGAGUGACGGAGACCUUGCACCGGCAAAAGGUUUUCUCGGUAAGAUGGUGCAGUUCGGCACAAUUUUGGGCAACACGGUGACUGAGACCACCCCGGCUGCCUACGGCAUGGGCGAUUGCUCGUCAACCACUUUCUUUCGCAGUCGGAAUGUCGACCGACUACAACACGGAUUUGGGGCCAUCCUAGCACGACAGCCUCCACCGCAACCGCUGUCAGCGGUAAUCAUCCACAAUAACCAUGGAAAAGGGGUCCGGAAUGGGGUCGCAGAUGACGUUGGGGCGGCCUUUGCGAACCGGUACCAGCAUAUCAUUCUCGGUCUCCAUGGCGGAACUAAACCAGCCACCGUUGAUGCCCAGGACGUUGCAGAAGUAACCACAUGGGUCAAACGGCUGGAAGAAUCGAUUGAUGAGUAUGGGAUUACCUUGCAAGGCGGAUUCCCCAGUUUCUUCCCGCCAGAUCAGGUGGAUGUAGAAUGGUUCUUCGGGGUGAAGGGUGCGGCAAGACUGCGGGGCUUGAAAACACGCCUGGACCCGGAAAAUCUGUUUAACCAUGCGCUGCCGAGACUCAAGGUCAAAAAUUGA